AUGAUGAAUACUUCGAUUAAAAAAAGCACUAUUGUUGUGGACAUGUCGGCGAAGAUCCUUGAGAACUCCCAUGCUUGGCUUGGCGCUUCCACAUCGUCACUCGCAGUAGAUAGCUACCAGUACCAGCUCCAGUCGAUGUGGCAGAAGUGUUGGAACACCAAUCAGAGCUUGGUGCACAACUUACGAUUUCGCGAACGCGGCCCAUUAAAGUCCUGGAGGCCUGAAACAAUGGCGGAAGCAAUCUUCUCUGUGCUGAAGGAGGGACUUUCUCUGUCACAAGCUGCAAGGAAAUACGAUAUACCAUACCCCACAUUUGUCCUCUACGCAAAUCGGGUCCACAAUAUGCUGGGACCCAGUGCUGAUGGUGGUACAGAUUUGAGACCAAAAGGUCGCGGUCGGCCGCAGCGCAUCUUGCUAGGAGUGUGGCCCGAUGAACACAUUCGUGGCGUGAUCCGAGCCGUAGUUUUCCGGGAUUCACACGCUUCCCACACCGCUCAUCACAUCAAGGAAGAAGUGUUGCCCGUCUAUCCUCAAAUCACGGAUGGUAUGACUGUGGGUCAAAGCCCCUACCCGGUACCCUGCGGCAACGGGCGCGAAGGAGGAGUGUCACCAAAUGCUGCCGCAGCCGCUGCUGUGGCUGCCGUGGCUCAUGGUCUACGACGUCAGAUGUGCAACAUGGUAGUGGCCGCACAAAGGCCGCCCGACCACCCGCCUCAUCUAGGCCUACCCCCUCUACCGCUGCAGUCUCCACGCUUACCUUCACCGCUGUCUACCGGCUUAGAAUCUCCUCUCUGCUCACCACCUCCUCCCGGGCACGCCCUCGAACCUCCAAAGCCAGCUGACCCUUUCCGCCCAUUCGUAUCGCCUAGACCAGACAGCCGUUAUGGAGAACGAGACGUGGUUGCUGAUAUCACCGAAAUGGGCCCACCGAAGACACCGAUGACCGUGGCAAAGAAUGGCAAAGACCUGUCCUCCCCGCUGCCGGUGAAAAUGGAGGCGCCCCAGGCAGAUGGGCGUGCUGAGAACAUCUGA